CUCCUGGAGGCUCCGAGGCAGGAUGCUGCCCAUCCUGAGAGGCACACAGAGGUCCUUUCAGGUGGCACUCUUGUUCCUGGUCCUGGCUGUGUUCCUGCUGGUUGUUUUCCUGCAUGUGGACUUCAGACUACUUAUACCGGACAAGGUCCAGGAACCACCGGUCACAAACAUCAUGUUCCUCAAGACACACAAGACAGCCAGCAGUACAAUACUCAACAUCCUCUACCGCUUCUCAGAGUCUCACAACCUAUCCACAGCGCUGCCGGAGGGCUCUAGAGUCCAUCUGGGUUACCCCUGGCUUUUUGUGACACGGUAUGUGGAGGGCCUGAAGCAGGACAGCCGCCUGCAGCAUCACUUCAACAUCAUGUGCAACCACCUUCGGUUCAAUUUUCCUGAGGUGCAGAAAGUCAUGCCGAGUGACACUUUCUACUUCUCCAUCCUCCGUAACCCGGUUUUCCAGCUGGAGUCCUCCUUCAUCUACUAUAAGGACUAUGCACCUGCCUUCCAGAGAGCCAAGAGCCUGGAUGAAUUCCUGGCAGAUCCGUGGAAGUACUACAACGCCAGUGUGGGCCUGAAAAAUGUCUAUGCGAAAAAUAACAUGUGGUUUGAUUUUGGCUUUGACAACAACGCCCCAGCUGACAUGGACUAUGUUCGCAAGUGCCUUGCGGAGGUGGAGCAGAGAUUCCACCUGGUGCUCAUAGCAGACUACUUUGAUGAGUCUAUGGUGCUGCUGCGCAGAAGGCUGCGCUGGCAGCUGGAUGAUGUCGUAUCCUUCAAGCUGAACAUGCGCAGCCAGAGUACAGUCUCCCACCUGACGCCCAAGAGCCAGGAACGUGUCCAGCACUGGAGUGCGUUGGACUGGCGACUCUACCAGCAUUUCAAUCGCACAUUUUGGACCCAGCUGCACGCGGAGCUAAGCCCAAGCCAGCUCACAGAAGAGCUGGAACAGCUGCGGGAGAGGCAGCGGGAGCUCACCACCCUGUGUCUUCAGGAUCCAGAGCCCAAGAACCUGACACACAUAGAUGACCGGAAUCUGCGCCCUUACCAGAGUGGAAAGGCUAAAAUUCUGGGCUACAACCUUAGGCGUGGUCUGGACACCAUCACACUUCAUAUCUGUCAGAGGAUGGCAAUGCCCGAGCUCCAGCACAUGGCCCAUAUGUACUCGCUGCAGUUUCCCAACAAGACUCCCAAGGAUAUCCCAUUCAUGAAAAAGUAGGGGCUUGGCUAAGUGACCCUUUCUUCCCAGUCUACCUUUCCAAAGUGAGACCUGUGAAGAGACCCAUCCAUCUCCAUCUCUGGGGAGAGGGCCUUACACCUAAGACAACAGACACAGAUGUUCCAUAGCUGAAUCCACCCAUUGUAGAGACAUGGACAGGCAAGAAUGCUAAUGCCCUUAAAUUAUCUGUUCAUGGAGACAGUCUAAGUAGCCCACCAGGUGACCGUCAGCCCAGGGGAGCGCCGGAGCCUAGGCAGCGGGCCUGUGGAUCCAGGAAGAGACCUAGAACAUUGCCCUGGGAUUUUUCUAGCCACAUGGAUUCAGCACCAGUGACAAUGACAUUCCAGUAUAGGGUACAGAGUCUCAGAGGUGGGUCAGGAGAGGCGGGAUGAGGAGGCAGCCUUCCAUUUUAUGAAGAACAGUGCAGACUGAGAGUUGUGAACGUUGUUGGUUAGCCUGAGCACAGACAC